UCGGCGCGGCCGGAGCGCGGAGGGCGGCUCGGCGCCCCUGCCGGCGUCCCGCGCUGUGGAGGACGGCAUCUGGAGCGUCCCGGUGACGGCGGCGACACACAGGGAACGAGCAUGAGCGAAUUCCAAGCCAAGGAUAUCGGCCUGCGGGCGCAGAAGAAGCUGGCCAGCAAACUCAGCAAUAUGACGGUGGCCAAGAUGGUCGUGGACGAGCCCACCAGCCAACUGCUCGAUAACCUAUGCAAGCUCUGCAAGGAAGUGAGCGGCGACAAGAAAGUGUCAGAGAAGGUGACGAAGAACCUGAUCAAGGUCAUGGUGAAGGUUGGCAUCCUGAAUAAGAACAACCAGUUCAACCAGGACGAGCGGGUGCUGGCGGCUCAGUUCCAGCGCAAGUUCCAGAUGACUGCCAUGACCAUCGUCAGCUUCUACGAGAUCGACUUCACCUACGACCAGAGCUUCAUCACGCAGAGUUUGGCCGACAUGAAGAGCAUCCUGCUCAAGCUGGUCGAACGCCAUCUGACGGACAAAACGGUGACGCGGAUCGACAGUGUGUUCGGAUUUUUCGGAAAUCCGCAGUUUUUAGACGAUGUGUUCUCGGGCGAUUCGAUCCACCGCGCGUUGCUCGGCACCAUCACCAAAGACCUGAACGCGCUCCUAGAAACGUUCGAAGACGACGCCGGCUAGAGCAAAGCUGGUGCAGGCGCGGCUGUGACCACAGGGAGUCAUUGUUUUGUUUCAUCUAGCUGCAGACACAUGCGUUUUGUUUAGGCCUACCUGUUUUCGUGCAGGCGGCGUGUUUAUGUUUUACUGUUUGGAUUGUGAACUUGCCCAAACUUACCCUUCUUACACCAGUGAUUUAUUUUACUCACGCUAAAAUUUGUGAGCGCUCGCCCUUUGAUAGAGUUGAAGUGAAAUAUUCUCCCGUCAAACUUUGGGCGAAAGUAAUAUAACUAAUGUUCACCGAGCUCGCAAGAUGAAUUUUAUAACUAUACGUGUUUGUAAAUUUGGUAAGUGCAUUGUCUUUGGAACUUGUAAGCGAACACGGCAACACCGGCAAUAAUUUGGCUGUUGCCAACCCAGACAUGCUCGCCUGAAUACCAUGCAUCUAGAUUAAUAUGCAAUUUUACCCUACAGGGCUUGUCGACAGCCACAUUUGGUUAAUUUUUCGUUUGUUUGUUUGAACAAUUUAGUACGAGUUCCGUCGACUGCUUUGCGUGUUGUUUUCCUCACACUUCGAGCACAAGAAGAAUUCUGUGUUACGUGUGGCCAGCGAUCUUACAGACAAAAUGUGGUUGUCAAAUGUUUUCCGGAGUAUCCACGAUUUCCCCUGUAAUUUUUGUGGUGCUUAAACAGAUUGACUUUUCGAUGGACUGGGCUGGCCUAGUCAGGUAUUUACCAUAUUUAUUGCAGAGCGAUUGUACAUGGCAAGUGCGAUUUGUAACAUACAUGCUCAAUACCCUAAACGUUUAUUCAAGCCAAUAAUAUAUGUGGAUUCGAGCCACAAGGACUACCUCUAAAAAUAUCCAGGCUGCCAAUGCGAUGCUACAACAAAACGAAAGCGGGAACUUUUCAUGAUGAAUUCGACUGGUCCCAUGCAGUCUCCAAGAUCGGACCAUUUUGAUAACCAUGCCUACCAUGAAACGGCAGAAGAAAAGGAGGGAUAUAAACUGUUCAUUU